AGUGCUCAAGAGGAUAAGACCUUUUCAGGAGAUCAAGAUCCAUCAAUAUUUUGGGGAAAAUCCAAUGAAUGGCAAUAUUUGGGGUGGUACCAAAGCCAAGAAUAUCCUUUACAGUCUUCAGUUCCCCUUAUCCUCUAAGAAUCUUAUACUAAGAAUAUAAAUUAUUGAUCUUAUUGAAUGCAACACUGUGAUUGAAUUCAAAAACAGAGCAAGAUUUCGAGUACCGAUCGUGUCUUCAGUGAAAAAAUUCUCCCGAAAUAUACCAGACACUCGAAUCUUUCUAUUCCGAUCGAAAAAGAAAAAGAAAACGAUUAGGACGACGUUUAAUUACACGGAGUCAAAGGUUAAGGGGACCAGAGGACACAGAAGGGUUACGCCAUUGGCCGAGAGCGUUUCCGAAGUUGCCCGUUUGGCGGCGAUGUGCGCGAACCGAUUCGGGAUCGUGGCUUAACGAUUCCUCGUUAGCGAUCGAUGCGAAUCAGGCUGCGAGACGACGUCCACGUGUGGAAAGUGGCUCGGUUUCGGAGGUGACACGCUGAGAAAUGUCCCAGAAUAACCUUCUGCAAGGAUACAAUUGGGAGACCCCGUACGAGGAUCCGCAGGUGCAAUUUACUCGUUCCAUUCCGGAUGAAGUAAUCAGUGUUUAUGAAGUCUAUGUGAAAGAGGAGAAUGCAGGUUCUGAAGGAAGGAACGAUGUCACCGUCGUGUCGAGUUUGUCGUCCACAAACGAUCAUCAAUUAAUUCAGGGUGAUUGCAUGAACCUAAACGUAGCUAUCGAUUCUGAAGUAAUUAACAUUGACGGUGCUGUGACGAAGUUUCUCGGAAAGGAUGCUUUCAAAUAUAAGAUUCUCGAUCAAAAUGUUAAUUCGUCCGAAGAUAACGUUAUGGUGUAUUCACACCCGGUCGUCGAGGAACCAUCUUCAUCUUCCACUCGACUGAUCGACAAGGAUGAUCCAAGAUCGAAACUUCAUUUUGUGAAAUAUCUGAAGCGAGAUGGGAAAACGUUGAAAAUAUGGGAGUGCGGGAUUUGUUCGAAGGAGUUCCGGCAUCAGUAUACGUUGAUGAGGCACUUGCCAACGCACACCGACGAGAGAAACUUUAAAUGCGAGGCUUGCGGCAAAGCUUUCCGACAGUUGUCGACAUUGAGCCAGCAUAAGGCGAUACAUAGCGAUGCCAGGCCGUACGUUUGCGAAUUUUGCAAGAAAACUUUCAACAGAGUAUCUACGCUGAUCUCCCAUCGGAAAACCCACUCGGAGCACAAACCACACAAGUGUCAGGUUUGCGGAAAGGGAUUUCAUCAGAAAGGCAAUUUGAGGAACCACGUGUUUACCCAUACGAACGAGAGGCCGUACAAAUGCGAGCUUUGUGGCAAAGGCUUCAAUCAAAUGUCGAAUUUGGUCUGCCACAAGGUCAAAGCGCAUGCACACGCGGAGAAAAUGCAGCACGUGUGCGGAAUCUGCGGCAAAGAGUUUCCGCGUCGAUUCUCUUUGAGAUCGCACGAAGAGUACAAGCACGGGAUAAAGUAUCGACAUCCGGCUGGUGUGCAGCCGAGCAUCAACGAUCCGAACGUCAUAAGAAAUAAAAACGUUAGGAUCGUACAGCUGGCAAAUGGCGACCGAAAUCAAACUAUUGAAGUUAGGGACAAGGAUCCAUUAAUGUCGGAUGUGAUGGAGCCUGUGGUGAUAGACAAGAUUGACACAAAGGCGAUGGAGAUGGCAUUGAUCGAGGGACAAACACCAUUCGCGCUGUUUAAACCAGCCAAAGGAAUUCCUGUCCUCGUGAAAGUUUCUUCAACCGGAACUCAUAAAAACAUCUUGACUCCUGCUACAGCAGAAGAUUUACGUAUAGCAGGAAAGAUGAAUCUGAGCCCAACGAUUUCUGCUGACGCUGCUGACAGGAUCAAAGCAGUCCAGGUAAAAGUGCCGGUGGUAGCCACGGUUAUACAGAAUAUAGAUACUGAUGGGAAAAUAAAUUUCAUUGUCGAACCACCCGGACCCGAGAACGAACACGAGAGCUUGGUCACGGCAUUGGAUUCUCAGUUCACGUACAGCGAGCCGGCUAGAAACGAGCCCGAUCGCCAGAAUGGUACUGUUGUAUCCUCGGCGAUGGAGGAUUGCAACGAGUUACUGGAACUGGCCGCCCAGGGUGGAAUACAGUUCGUGCGCGCCACCGAGGAUGGUCGUUACGAAGUAAUGACGAACAGCGAAGCUCGCGAUCUAAUGGCACAGAAUUCACAUGACGUGACCAUUCUUGAGAGUGAGGAUGCGGACGCGAUCAAUGUUGUGAAUAUGCGCGGUAACGGGGAAGUUAUUAUCGGGGAUUCCGAUAAUCAGAUCAUGGUGCUCGAUUCCGGUUCCACGCAGAAAUCCAUGCCGAUAGACGGCAUUGAGAUCCUAGAGGACAAGGACAUCCGGAUUCUCGACAGCAAAAACCUUGAUGAUCGUUUCGUCGAUGGUAUUAGCUUCCUUUCGCACUCGAAAAUCGACGAUCUAAUUUUAGGCCCUAAAUCUCUGUCCAUCGACGGCGGAGUCACUGUUAACGAGCACGAAGAUGAAGCCAUAGCAGUGCCUUCGAGUCAACAAGAAUUAACAAACAUUCUUAGUCAUAGAAGCGACAUUUCGACUCUGUCGACUACCUCCCAGCCUUCGAUAUCGUCUUUGUUAAUGAAAAAUCAUUCAUCAUUGUCGAUUUUGAACGAUACACUUCCAUAUCUGAAAAGCAAUACCAGCUUAGUCGAAGACCUUAAUAUACUGGGUAGCUCGACACUGGACGAUCAUCAUUCCGUGUAUGACGCGAAGAUAAAAUUGUCCUCUGUUUUCGACGACACUGAGCCUGAUACUGGUCUAAUACCUAUUAGUCAAUCGGAUAUGAAAAUUCUUGGAUCGGGAAGUUCCAACAAGGUUCUCGGCAGUAAAUCAAAUUGUCUGUCGUCAUCGAAGUUGUUCCCGGGUCUGAAUGAAGUAAAGAUUCUGGGUCCGAAAAAUCAUAACCAAGAAAUCAUAACGUCGCAAUAUCAGGACGUAAAGCUGCUUAGUCCGUACGAGCAGUUUCUUAAGAACACCGCUUCGAACACGAAUGGCUGCGACAGCGGCGAACUUAACACGUCUGGUGGAUGUAGGAAGGAGGUAAAGAUUCUGGGUAAGAAGUUGGGAACUGGCAUUAUUACCAGCACAGAGGAAGGUAACGUCGUGGAAGUCAUCGAGGAGAAAACUAAGCUGAUGAUGGACGGCGGAGGAGGACUAUGUAACAGCUCGGACAACACGGUGAUCUCGUCGCUCCGAUUGGACAGGCAGAUCACGGAAAACGGCGGACCAGACAGUUUCUUGCUCCAAGCUUGUAGCCCAUGCGACACGGACUUUUUGAAUUUCGAGAAUCGUUUGAAGGACACGUCGCCGGCCGGCCACUUCGAGCGAACCCAGAAGGAUCCCAGGGAUAGUUUCAGCUCCACCGGUAGCCUUCCCGAUCUCGAUUGAUCGAGAAUCCGAUUCGAGCCUCCGUUUCACUCUCCCUGCUUUCUCAUUGAAAGUUUCAGACGCUCUACGAGCGGAAAUGUCGCAUGAGAUUUCUCAAUGGCUGUGAAGGAUGGAUGCGAUUCUAAUUAUGCGUGAAAUUAAAAUUUCGUCAGUUCUUCGUCGGUCCUUUCUCAGUUUUUAGUCGAUAUUUCAUCGAUCCUUUGUCGUCGAUUUUGAAAGACUCGUACGAAUAUGGAAGUAAUAGGAUCCAUUUCUUCUUUUCUUUUUUUUUUUUUUGCUCUCAAUUUUUUUAAUUCUUUUCAUUAUAGGAUUUCCAUAUUUUAAGAUCGUAAGAUCUUGCAGAGUUUUCAAUUCUUGUGAUUUCGCUCUGACCGUCUUGCAGUUAGUUCGCCCCGAUUUUUCUUUGCCGAUUCGUUUCAGGGUGUUUUUAGUUAACUAGCGAAACGAGGAAAUUUUAGCAGAAGUGAAAAUUGCGAGGAAGACACCGGAAUGCUUUUAAUCGAUCGCAUCCUAAAAAAAAUGUGGCGACCUUCGAACGUUCGCGAGGUAUUUAUAAAUUUAGAAGGAACGUUAACGUUAGACGAUUGAUUGCUAUUUUUAAAUUUUAGAAUAUUUCUACGCGGUGAAUGACAAUUUUGUUGAGAUUUCGAACUUGGUUUGCUGGAAUGGGAAGGUGAAAAGAUGAAAAAAAGCAGGAGAAUGAGAGAGAGAGAGAGAGAGAGAGAGAGAGAGAGAGAGAAAGAGAAGGAGAAAAUGUUAAAGAAACAAAUAUUAGCAAAGGAUUUUUAGGAGAAUCUUGUAGUACAUGCGUAGAGGAAUUUAAAUGAGGUAAUUUUAUGGGGAAUGCUAAUGAUUUUAUUCAUGAAUGAAAAAGUUGUAUUUUUGCGCGGCGUCCAGGCCGACAGUUUGUAAAUUUUAAUUCGCGUGCACGUGCUCGCGUCCCAUGUUCAAAUACUCAUUGUUCAUUUUCCGGGUUUCUAUUUUAACGUGGCUGAUUACAUUGUAUAAAUUCGAAUAGUAUUUUAUAUUUGAAUUUGUGGUUGGAGAAUAAAAUUAUACGCAGAAAAUUG